AUGGCUAGUGAACGAACGAGAAGAAUUGUAAGGCUAGCGAAACUUGCUGCAACUUUUUGCGACGACGACGUAGAUUUAGAAGACCGUCAGAGUGACACAGAUCCCUAUGGCUCAUCAGAUUCAGUCGAGGACCCACCCUAUUUACCAAGUAAUCAACAGUCCAACACAGGCCAAAAUGAGAGUGCUGAAGAUUUUUCGGAUAAUGAUAACACACAGCGUCACGCAUCCACUAGUGAAAAUAUAGAAAAUUCUGCUGAAGUAGCCAAUAUUGGUUCUAAUCUCAGGGAGCCAUCCAGUAGUUCUGAAUCGGAGGAUUCUGUAGACUUGAAUGCUGUUGCAGAACCAGAAUGGAAAAAUCCAGUUGGCAACCAUAUAGAUUUUCCUGAUGACUAUGUCAAAAAAGGUGGAAUAAAUCCCGAAUUAGCAGCAGCAUUAGUAGACUGCAGUCCUUUUGAAUUCUUCUCUGUCUUUCUUGAUAAAGAUGUAAUUAAUCUGAUGGUUGAACAAACAAACUUAUAUGCUACACAAGUUAUUUGUUCAGGAGAAGAUAUCCCGAAAUCUUCUAGACUGCAUCAGUGGACUCCCACCACACACGAAGAGAUGCUAAAAUUUCUGGGGUUGGUAGGUUAUAUGGGCUUAGUGAAGAUGCCAACCAUCAGACAUUACUGGAGCAGAAAACGUCUUUUUCGUUGUAAUGGUGUAGUGUCUAAUACAAUGAGCAGAAAUCGUUUCGAACUCCUUCUGCUGUUGUGGCAUUUUAGUGACAACGAUUUGUGUCCUCCCGGCGAUCGAGCAUAUAAAAUCCAACAACUGCUAGAUUUACUAAUAAACAAAUUCCAGAAUGCUUUUACACCAGCAGGCAGUUUUUGUAUCGACGAAUCACUGAUCCCAUUUCGGGGACGUCUGGUGUUCAAACAGUACAUCCCUCUUAAAACCCAUAAAUAUGGGGUAAAACUAUUUAAACUAUGUAGUGGUGAGGGCUACACAUGGAAUUUGAAGUUGUACUGCGGUAAGGAACAAGAUGCUAGUGCUAGCGUACCUACAAAAAUAGUGAUGACGCUCUCUGAAAAGCUGCUAGACCAGGGAAGAACAGCUAUAACUGACAAUUGGUAUACUAGUAUAGAUUUGGCUAAUAAAUUGCUAGAUCGUAAUACCCAUCUUUUGGGAACGCUUAGGUCUAACAGGCGGGGAAAUCCCAAAGAUGUAAUACAAAAAAAAUUAAAACGAGGAGACAUAAUAGCCAAAGAAAAUGCACGUGGUAUCACAAUAAUGAAAUGGAAAGAUAAAAGAGAUGUGUUGUUACUUUCCACCAAACACACAGAUCAAAUGUUAGACAUUCAUGUACGGGGAGAAACUAAAAGAAAACCACAAGCUGUAUUGGAUUACAAUAAGGGCAAGAGCUCUAUAGAUCUCUCUGAUCAGAUGGCGAGUUACAAUUCGGCACUACGGAAGUCUAUAAAAUGGUAUCGAAAAGUUGUUAUAGAAGUUCUUUUCGGUACUUCUAUGGUCAAUGCGCACUAUUUAUAUAAAAAAAUCAAUGAAACUAAUACGACAAUAACAGAGUUUCGGGAAAGCGUGUACGAGAAAAUGAUUUUUCCAGAGCUACAGGACAAUAUGGAAUUGAAUGAAGAGAAAGAAAAUCAUGUUCCUAAAAAGCAACUAAGAAAGCGUGAACAUCAUUUAGAGAAAAAAGAAGGUCCUUCUCACAAAACCCGAAAAUACUGCAAAGGAUGUUACCAGAAAAAAGCAAAUGGUGAAAUACAUAAGAACAAUGUGAAGAAAGUGUCUACGUACUGCACUGAUUGCUAUGAUCAGCCUCAUUAUUGCCUAGAGUGCUUCAACGUGUUGCAUAAAUAA